GACUUGUAUUAACGCUGUGUAUAAUAUGUGUUAAGGAUACAUACAUGUGUACCUGACGGAGAUGUGUGUGUGUGCAGGUGUGUGUGUCCUGGGGGGUCGUGGGGGGCGCGGUGUAAGGUGCUGGGCAGGACCUUCUCUGGGGCGGGGUGGGCGUGGGUGAGGCCUCUCCCUCCCUGCCUCCCCACAACUAUAUCUCUUAAGCUCCUCACACGCCGACCACACGCCCUUCUCCUCUACUCCGGCCCCCUGGCACCCGCCCCACCACUCCCUAACCUCCCGCCCACGCCCAUGUUGGCUCUGCAAGUGUGGCGUGGGCGGCCUCAGCUGCUGCUGGAGGGAGGCGCGGGGGCGGUUAAGCUGGAGGUUAACACCACAGUCAACGACGGUGACUGGCACACCAUCCACCUCCACCUCCACCCUCACGGUGUGGCCGUGAUGGUGAACGUGUGUGGUCACAGCCGCGGGUGGGACAACGACACACUCGACGACUCUGACUGUGUGGCGCGGGCGUCCUGGCCCAACCCUGAGGGCGUGGGGGCGUGGGUAGGGCCAGGUCCCCUCCAAGUCGGUGGGCUGGCCCACACGGCCCCCAGCCCGGCCCACCAUGGAUGGAGUGAGGCGCCCACACCCCGCCCACUAGACGGCUGCGUCUCACACCUCACAGUCAACAGUCAGCUGGUGGACCUGGGGGAGCCCGCCUACAGCAGGAACAGUGAGGGCGGCUGUCGGCCACAGGAGGCGGCCUGUCGGGACACUCGGGGCAGUUGUGGACACCAGGGCCAGUGUGUGGGCGGUCUGAGCCACCCUGAGUGUGAGUGUGAGCCAGGGUGGGCGGGUCCCUCCUGUGCCACGCCCACCGUGCCCGCCACUUUAGGGUCGUCGUCCUACGUCAGGUUGGCGCUGUCCUUCACGCCGGGGCCGCGGGUGGUGACGGCACAGCUGAGGGUGAGGACCCGCGGCACCCGUCACGGCCUUCUGCUGCACCUGGCCACACAACAGGACGCCUCCACCUUCACCCUAUACGUGCGGGGAGGAGUCAUGUGUGCCACAGUGUCAGGGGCGAGGUGGGCGGCGCGGGUGGCCUGUGUGGAGGGGCGGCCGGUGGGUGACGGCGCCUGGCACACCGUCAGGGCUGAACGUCACGGACACAACCUGGUGGUGAGCGUGGACGACGGUGAUGGCUGGCGACGUAACGAGUCUCUCGUCUCUUUGGAACAACCUGACGAAGAAGACGAGGGUGACGAGGACAAACACUUACCUCCUGACGUAGACUUAUCUGAAGGAGUGAGUGUGGGCGGCAUGCCGGAAGUUGUGGGCGUGGCGGUGGUCAACGUGCUGGAUGACCUGAAGGGCAGUUGUAUUGACGACGUGCGAGUAUCGGGUCGCCACCUGCCGCUGCCGCCUGCCGUAAAUGGUACCAGCUGGGGGCAGGUGACCACCUGGCAGAAUGUAGAAUCUGGCUGUAAUGCCCCGGACGCCUGCCUCAACACCACCUGUGACGCCCCCCUCUCCUGCGUCUCCACCUGGGGCGCCACCACCUGCAGCUGUGGUUCAAGGAGACAGCUGGUGGGCCGCAGCUGUCAGGACCUAGACGAGUGUGUGUGGCGGCCAUGUCUACACGGCGGCACCUGCUACAACCUGCGGCCCGGGUUCCAGUGUGUGUGUGGCCCGGGCCACGCUGGUGACCACUGCCAGUGGACCAACCUGGCCACCGCGGGCCACCCACUUACCGCCCCCGUGGCCAUCGCUACUGCCGCCGUCUCUCUCCUCCUCCUGGUGGUGAUGGGGUUGGUCAUAUCACUGAGACUGAGGCGACACUGGUUCCUGCGGGAGGCUGCUGGAGGUGAGAGCAGCCAGGAGGAGACGGUGGUGGAGGUGAAGGGCGCCACACACGACACUGACCAAGGAGAUGCCCAACACAAAGCUUUUCUCGAGUGUUUACAGCUUAAGCUCCCUCAAGCUCAGUGUUCACCGCUUGGGAAAGGAGAAAAAGUUGCCGCCAGUCAAGACAGUUCCUACACUACCGGUCUCCCAGUCAGUGCCAGUGUACCGAAAGCCACAGUAGUACCGGUAACUUCGAGUAUACCGGGUGGCGUGGGCGUACCGGUAAAAUCCACUGGCGUAAUGAAAGGCGUGAGUUUGGUUGGCCUUGACCCUCUACCAGCCAAGGACGACCUCAGGGCUUAUGCUUAUGAGGGUGAUGGUUCCUCCGCCGGCUCUCUCUCGUCUGCUUUAUCAGGUCUGAGAGAGGAACAAUCUGACGAAGGAACCAUAAAACCAAUAGUUCCUGAGUUCCUGGAGGUGAUGGACUUACUCAAGAACCUACCAGAGGCGACGACGUCCCCUUUACUACUGACGAAACAAGAUGAUCAGAGCCUCAAGAGGACUAAAGACUCCCCAACAGCUAAGAGUCGGGCACAGAGUAUAAGUCCGCAGUGUACGAAAGGCAAAAUUUAUUCCAUAGUGAGUAAAGCUCUGAGUUCAUCUCCUCCAGACACGACGCUGACACCCAAAUCUUCCCCCGGACGCAUCUCAAAAACUCGUGGUGAAGAGGAACAGUUAACAGUGUGUUGAGACAGACAGACAGACAGACAGACAGACAGACAGACAGACAGACAGACAAGAGAGACAGACACUGAUGAUGUUUAAUAGAAUCAAAUGAAGCACGAUAAAGAUUCAAACUCUUACUUGGUUGAUUUUGUAACCAUGAUGUAAAUAUAUGUCUGGAGUAUUAAAUUUCAAAGUACAGGAAGCAUUGAUCUGGGCUGAUCUACGCGAUUCUCAUCUCUUGGGGAAACAGUUUAACUACAAAAUCAAACUGGUAAGAGAAUUAUUUAUUAGUGUUUUCCUUCCUGUAAGAGUCGUGAUUUGGUCCUUCAUCACAUUCACUAAUUAAAAAAAUAUGUAUAACUGCUUCCUUGGAUAUCAAACUACCAUCACUGAUCAUUAAGCGCCAUCACACUAUUCACUGAGAGUUAAUGCAAGACAAUUAACCCACUCACUUAAUUACUGCACCUUUUAAACUCCCUGCCAUAAGGCCUUGAAUUGCUUCUUACUACCCGCAGUACCUAAACAUAACGAUAGUCGUCUCACACCAAGUUGACAAUCGUUUUAAAACACUGCCUAGACAACAGAGACAGGGUUAUACAGUAAGUAUCUUAGAGCGACCCUCACCCUCCUCGCUCCAGUGGUGACGACAGACUGGCUUCAAGGGUGACAAGAGAACCAUUUUAUAGAGAUCUGAGAAUGACGAACUAAAGUCAAUUUUUAACAUAGUCGUGUAGGGGAUAACUGAGGCUGUGAAAUGGUUUUGUGUCUAAUUACUGUUUUAACUUUUGGUUUUUGUGUACACGUUCUACCUUUGUCAACAGAGGAAAUGUAUCUCCGACUAUUUUAUACGUUUAUAGAAUAUCUCCAUUAUACUUAUAUGCUCA